AGUGCUUUUACACCGGCGGAAAUCAAUAGCGGCUCUGCUGUCACCCUCUCAGCUCGGCGACUGCUCUUCAAGCAGAUAUUGGUUUCAUGGACCAAGAAGGACCUGCAUUUACAGUCAAGGAAAAGGAGUCAGAUUUUUUGGCUCCAUCUUCAUCGCACACUUUAGGAUCAGGGCAGCACAUUUGCGAGGAGUUAAAACAUCUGACUCAAGAGGGACUAAAGCCAGAUGUCAAGGUUCCCACACCAACACCAGCUCAGGCCUUCACAGAUGAGUCCACAGCGGUGUCAAAGCCACGGUCAGGGUCUGGAUCCUAAUGAGAAACUCCAAGAACCAGAGCCUGAACAGAUCCGGGAGAACAAAAGGUCAGAUCAGGAAGAUCUAAUGCAAGAUGAUGAGACUCUCAUGACACAGAGAAGCUACGAAUAUGAUCCAGAGGAAGGGAUGCCAGCCCUGGUGGUCACCCAACCUGAUGAGAUCUCAUCAGACCAGGCGGAGGACAUAAAUUUAUCUGUGAUGUAUGAGGACGUGAUGCACAGCGAUUCCAGUCGCAAUGCGAGUCCCUGCGAUGGCACUGAACUCAGCAGCAGCGACCUGCUGUCCUUAAAGAGUGACACCAUAUCUCUGAUCAGCGAAGCGGCCAUCUCAUGCAAAAGUGAUGAACAGGAGGGACCUGAAGAGGACACUCGGAGCGUCACUGCAUCUUCAGUUAUGUCUCUGUUUCAUCGGGUUCAGAUGGACCCCACUGAGAGGGAGUGGCUGCGGUGUGCAGCUUUGGGAAAUGCUACUGCUCUGUACCUGCUUCUGCAACAGGACCCUACGCUCAUCUCCAAAAAGGGAGAUGGUUGGACACAGAAAACGGAGAAGAGGAAAAAGAAAAGGAAGGUGGCAGACGUGUGUCUGGUUGUAAAUCAUCACAUAUGUGCCUGGCAGCAGCAGCGGGUCUCAACUCUAUGGGAGUGA